GGCUACGUCUGUCAGGAACAUAACAACCCUUCAGAUUUUUUCUUGGAUGUCAUAAACGGAGACCCAGCAACAUUUGCCGCUAAUGGCAUGAGCGUCGAAGAACAAGUUGAAUCAGACUUUGAAAGUAAGUUAUUUAAUUAUUUCACAUGUAAAAAGGUUUUAAAAAAGAAAUUGAAAAUUUGAAAUAAAUUAAUUCUAUUUUUUUCUUCCUAAAUUUGCACCAUAAAAACUUCCUGGAUAAAACAAAAACCUGACAUUUGAAACCCAUAAGUACUAUUUUGUUGUAAAUUUGAAAAAAAAACAGACAUUUCUUUUCUCUAACUUAAUAGAUUCUCAAAGUGAACAUGGAAAAUUAGUGGCAGGAUUUAAAAAUUCAAUAUGGUACAAAAGGUAAUUUCAUUUUCAUUAUUUCUAGUUCCAUUGAAUUAUAAAUAACAAGUGAGUUUAGUGUUCAUAGAUUGUAAGAUUAGGCUGAGUUUAUUUUUGGAGAUUUUAAAUAUGAUAACCGUUUGGUUUUUGCUGUUUUUUUUUAAAAUCUGACCUAUAUACUAACAGAAUAAACAACAAAGUUAAUCAUAUAUUUUUCUUCUAACAUAUACAUUUUCUAACAAAAAUAUGGAGACAUAGGAAAUAUAGCUCACUCAAAAUUAACAACAAUUCGAUCGCCACAAAAUAAGACGUUGUGAUUUUGAUUUUAUUUGUAUGGUUGAAGAAGAAAAAUAAGUUGCAACAACUUUAGUCCCAACUCUGAAUCACAUAGCUUCACAACCAAAAAGUCACUUGAUCAGUGUUCAUUUUUUUGUUUAUUUUUACAUGUACCUACCACUUAAAAUUUGUCUUUUGAAUUCGUGUGUGUAUCUGUAUAAAUGUUUGUGUGUGUGUGCUUAGGCUUCAAGAAGAGGCAGGCGACAUUUUGAGCAACUUUGAAGCUAAUGGAGGCCUCAUGGGUGAACAACAUGAAGCUAUUGCAUACGUCACGCCAUUUGGACACCAAGUA